AUGAUGCCUGUACGAGCAGGCUCGGAGGACGGCUUCCAGGACGAAAGACAACGCGAGCACGAGUUUUACAAAUACUAUGAUGCCGUUCGAUCGCUCACCAACUGUGAUACUCCAUGGACAAAUCUCUUUGACCCGGAUGCCGUUCAGAGGCAUGAGCCCAUCUCCAGCCCUGACACGGCUCUUACGGCUUUUUGUCAACUGGGAGCUCUGAGAUGUGGGACCAGGAGGUGUCUCCUCUUCUUCUUUGAUCAGGCCUAUGCAUACAUAGUUGCAGAGGCGACAAGAACUCUGUCACUCCUGGACGACCACAGCCACGACGUUGAAGAUGGCCUGUGGCUCGGACACACGAUGAUACCCAGAGGGCUCAGUGUUUGUGAGCACACGGUCAAUAUCCCCAGCGCGAACAAGGGCUCGAAUCAGUUCCACGACAACGCCGCGCAGAUACACAUCAUCAAUGACCUCACCGAUGAUAUCCGUUUCUGCGACCGUCCUUAUGUGCUUGACGGGCCAAAGGCACGGUUUUAUGCUGGUGUCCCAAUCACUACGCCGAAUGGACUGAGGAUAGGCGCAUACUGCGUACUUGAUGAAAGACCUCGAAAGGGGCUCAGUGAUACGCAUGUAAAGUUCAUGCUAGACAUGAGUGAAACCAUCAUGGCACACCUAGAAUCGCUGCGGAUGAGGACCGAGUUAGGUACUGGCACCCGUAUGCUCACCGGUCUUGGAACUUUUGUCAAGGAGACUCCCGACGGUAAAGCUGGACAAGCUCGGUCUCAACGACGCACGAAUAUCCCAAGUCCCGUAGAGUUGAACAAAAAAGGCUUCUACUCUGCCACGAUUGAUGCCGCUGGGGCAAAUGGCUACUUGGGUGGCACUAAAUCGAAGGCCACGCCAGCCUCCAAAGAACAUAUGAAACCGACGUACGGCCCGGUAUCUCCAAUUUCGAGCACACAUCCGCAGGUCUGUCUUGAGCAAGAUAACGAGCCUGACGGCGGGGUCGGCGAGACCUUUGAAAGAGCUGCGGCUCUGUUGCGAGAUUCUGUCGACGCUGAUGGUGUCAUGUUUCUGGACGCUGCGGUUCAUAGCUAUGGUGGCGCCAUCACAGGCCGCCAAUGUUGGAGUGACAGUGAGAUUGAGAAAGAAAUAAGCAGCAGCACAGAGGGCGAUUACGCUUCUGACGAGGCACACGACAAAACUUUACACGCAGACUGCAGGAUUCUGGGAUCUUCGCGAAGAGGUGGCUCGACGACUGAUGGUGAUAGCUCGCCUGGCCAUGGCCAUCCCGUACCCGAAAAGAUUCUCAAAAGUCUCCUCCGCCAUUAUCCCAAAGGAGCACUUUGGUCGUUCGAUCCGGAUGGCUCCAUGUCGUCAGAGGAGAAUCACAUGGUAUCCUCGACCGACACAGAUGACGUUAACACGUCGAUUGUUUCGAGUCGGACGCGACGAAAUCGCAAACUGUGGGAGGCCAGGAAAAUCCAAACAGUUUUUCCAGGGGUGAGGACGAUCUGUCUGGUCAGUAUGUGGGACAAUGUUCGUGAAAGACAUUAUGCUGGAGCAAUCAUAUGGACAUACUCCCCAAUCCGGCAAUUUUCAAGCGAGCUGAGCUACAUGAUGGCGUUUUGUGACGUGGUCAUGGCCAAGGUAGGCCGAUUGGAGGCAAGCAUGAAGGAUCAAGCGAAAAGUGAUUUCAUUUCCUCCGUCAGCCACGAACUACGUUCACCAUUACAUGGCAUCUUGGGCAGCAUCGACUUCCUGCAGGAGCAAGCAGUUCUAGAUUGGUCAAUGAUUGCGCAGAUAGAAAAGUGCUCAACGAAUCUUUUGGAUGUGAUAGACCAUCUUCUUGACUUUGCAAAACUGAAUCAUCUGGGCAAAAGACUCAGGCGAACCGAUCGAGACGGAACUCCUCGUCAUACCCGUUCGUUCUCUGAUGCUACGCUCUCAUCGGGAGCAACCAGCUCGACCGAAGUUGUCUCUCUUGCGAGAGUCACCGAAGAAGUAGCCGACUCGACAUUCUUCUCUCACUGCUACCGAAUGGACGAGCGCACAGGGAAAAAGGUCGAUCUGAUACUGGACAUUUCAAUGGAUCCAACGCUGAAAUGUAACCUCGCGGUGGGCGCGUGGAAACGCCUUUGUAUUAACAUCAUCGGCAAUGCUCUCAAAUACACCAUCGAGGGUCACGUCAUGAUCUCCCUGAAGACAUCUCAGCACAAAAGACGUCGACCACUGGUCAUUUUGACUGUCAGCGACACUGGAAUUGGAAUGUCGCGGGAGUUCCUCGAGAAUCGUCUGUUUCGAGCAUUCUCACAGGAAAAUGAACUAGCCAAUGGAACUGGCCUGGGCAUGAGUCUUGUUGCAAAGCUCGUCCGCGGCUUCAAUGCGAGGAUCAAAGUACAAAGCGCCAAAGGCUCUGGGACGACCAUGACCGUCUGCAUGCCCAUCGAUGUUGUGCAGCAGACCGAGCACAUGGCCCCGCCCUUCUUCUCUACGAUCCACGGGGCAAAGAUCGGCUUCCUCAAAUAUGAGGACGGGAAAGARGACGCUGUGAACAAACGCAAUCUGCAAGUCAGGGCAGUAUCUGCAGCUUGUUGUCGACUGGGCGCGAGUGUCCAAGAGCCGGAGACCACGGACAUCAACUUUAUCCUUGAGGCUGAUCUGCCGUGCUUCAAUGUGCACCCCACGCACUCUGAGCUCACAACGCCGAUCAUUGUUCUCUGCGACAACGUCAUGUCUACGGCACAUAUACGUAGUUCAUCGACCACCAAAAUGAGGCAGAGACGAAUGGAAUAUAUAGCGCAGCCUUUCGGUCCGCAGCAGCUUGCUGCAGCACUUGCGAGGUGCCUCGAAUCCAACCCCAAGUCCCUGCCGCGGGGAAGWGAGUCGCAGAAAAAAGCCGGAGCUCUUAAGCUACAGCUUUCGCAUCGCUCGAAUACGGAUCUCACUCUCUGCGCCCCUAUCCCUAUGCGCCCUCCUCUAGCCCGUGCAGGGUCAGCUCCGCCACUGUCUUGGCCUUCCCCGUCCAAAACGUCGGCGUUGGAAUUAGAUCGCAGGCCGCAAUCGCGAACUCCAGAAAGGUCCGCUUCCUUAGAUAUCCCAGAUACACCAUAUCUCAAUGGUCGCGCACAAGUUGUCAAGGACGCCAUUGAACUUGCAGAGGCAACUCAUACUGUGGACAAGCCGAUUGCUACACUACUGGGCGAGCCUCCCGAGAAGCUGUCUCUGUUGCUCGUAGAUGAUAACCGCAUAAACCUUCGAUUGCUGACAACUUAUGCCGACAAACACAAGCACCCACGAUGUACCGCUACCAAUGGCCUUGAGGCGUUGCAGGCCUAUGAGUCUGCCGCUACUCAUCAGAGCGUCAGGAAGCCUGACGUGAUCUUCAUGGAUAUCAACAUGCCGUUGAUGAAUGGAUUCGAAUCCGCGCGGCGUAUCAGGAGCUUUGAGAACGCGGCCGGCAUCACCAAUCCAUGCGUAAUAGUCGCUGUGACUGGUUUGGGCUCAAACUCGUCGCAGCAGACUGCUUACGCAAGCGGAAUCGAUAUAUUUCUGUCGAAGCCCGUUAGACCAAGAGACCUCACCAAGGUAUUGGAGGCUUUGACAACCGCCAAUGUCCAGCAUGGGUGA